AAUAGAAAUAUUAACAAAAAAAUGAAAUUAGAAACAGGUUGCAGUUGGGUUCAAUAUACUGCGAAAUACCUGUUCACAGUCAAAACUGGCUACCCGUGAAUUAAUUAUGCGAUUUUCGGUUUUAUUUCCGAUUUCUUUUUACUUUAUUCGAUUUUAAGAGGUGAUCUUCCACAUUCUUAUUAUAAUCUUAACACUUUCAUGGACCCGGGUAUAUCUACAUUCUAAAGUGUAAUAUUAAGUCAAACUUGGCAUAAAAAAGGGGAGACGGACAGCUCGAAUAUAUUAGUUUCUUUUUUAUCUACUAUCUACUCGUAUCUACUGUGCUGUAAAGUUAUCUAAAAGCCUGCUGAGCUUGGCUGCGAUCAACAUUGAUUUGUUGUGGGCCAUCAUUUCUCUCAGUGCAAUUACAGCUGAUUUACAGCCACAAAACUAUGCUGAACAUUUGGAAGUUCUUUCAUUUGAUCGUCUGUAAGCGCCGGGUUAAGAACUCAUCCAAAAAGAAGAAGAGAGUCUCCGAGUGGGUUCGUCAUAGCCAACGCGUCGCGCUGUCCGCGUUUCGUGGUUGAAGAAAACAAGUUUCUUUAUUCGAGGCGAGAUGACGCUGCCGCUUAAUUUGGAGGAGAAGAAAAAUGUAUCGAGUGCUAAAAUCAAUUAGCAUACUCUAUAAGAUCGCUUUGUUGUGGCCAUUGUUUUGCACAGCGGCAGCCACAGUCAGCCCCACGCUGAAUGGAACGUCUGUCUUAGGUCGCGCGCAGCUGCAGGCGCAGGCCUUCAAGCCAUUUCAUGCUGAGCGGCACGCACAACUAACCGGACGUAGUUUUCUCUGCUUGCCCUUUUUUCGUGUAUUCAAUCUGGAGCUGCGGCCGGGCCAGCAGUUGGCAGCGGAUGAAGAGAUCGCCGUUAGCGGGGAUCAUCGUGCGCUGGGCGCCUGGAGCAUUGCCAAGGCGCUGCCAUUGCGUGCCCAGAACAAGCAGCGCAGCAGAUGGUAUUUGCGACGUUGGAUAUGCGCCAGUCAUCGUGUCUAUUAUCGCUAUCUCGUCUACACGCUGGACGCGGCCGGCGAGCGUGUGCUGCGUCGCUGGGAGGGGCAGCAGGUGCCGCGCAUGCUGCAGACCUUUGAGAUUUAUCGCUCCCCGGGCGUGGACAUUUUCGGCGAGGCCUAUCCGCGCUCGGUGGGCGGCGGGCACUUGCUGGAGCCUGGCUGGCUGCAGCGCGAAUAUGUCAUUGAGCUGAAGUUCGUUUGGGAGCAGCACCUACAAAUCGCCGGGCUGAACAACCAGGAGAAACUGCGCCUGAAGCUCCGAUCGCUCAGUGUGCUGGAUAACGCGCUAAUUGAGGUCUCGCGCUAUGCCUAUAAUCGUUCCUCCUUCCGGCCGCAGAGCCGGCUGGGCGUCCGUUAUGCCGCCGGCGCCAUAAUCAUCUAUCGCAUCAGCCAAGCGCUGGAUGUGUCCAAUGCCUUACGGCUAGACAUAUACGGCCUGGAUGGCGGCCAGCUGCCCUUGGGCGAGGCCUAUAUAAUGCCCGAGCAGCUGCGCGGCAGUCGCGGCAUUCUGCAGCUGCCCAUACAGGGUCAGCUCACACAGCAGGUCAUCGGUCAGCUGACGCUGCCCUACUUGGUGGUGCGGCCCAUGCCGAAUGCAGCUGCCAGCAAUUUGCGUGUUAGCUUUCAACGGUACUGGCCCAGCAAUUGGCCCACCCUGGACGUGGGCAAUCGUGGCCUGGGUACCAGCUUUUACCAAACAAGCAAUCAGCUGGUGGAGAACACCAUCGAGAGCUACCUGGCCGUGCCCAGGGCCAAAGGUGACAUGGUGCACCUGGACGUGCAAUUGACCAGAGAUUAUGUGCCUGUCGUUUGGCGUGGCUUUGGCUUCUUUACCACCAAGCAGGCGACCACACAACCCAUAGUGGAUCGCUUCGAUUUGCGCCAUGUGCUCAUCCGGCAGCUGAGCUACGCCGAGCUGAAGUCCAGCCGUGUCUUCAUACUGAAGAGGUGGUCCCUGCAGGAGUACACACACUUGAAUGUGCGCAAUGUUAGCCAGCCCCAGCGGCUAUUUCCCAAAUUGGAUGAAGUAUACGAGGCGCUGCCCAAGUCUCUGGGCCUGAUCGUGGAGAUCAAGUGGCCGCAGCUCAUGGCAUCGGGCGUGAUGGAGUCGACGCAGUCGCUCAACAAGAACGUGUUUGUAGACAGGAUUAUAGAGGUCACAGCGCGUUAUGGCUGCGGACGCCCGCUAAUCUUUGCCAGCUUCGAUGCGGAUAUAUGCACCAUGAUACGGCUGAAGCAGACGGCCUUUCCGGUCAUGCUCAUGACCACGGGCCGCACGGACAUUUGGGAUGCCUAUAUGGACCUGAGAACCCAGACUUUUCUGCAAGCCGUCAACUUUGCCGAAAGCGCCGAGCUGCUCGGCACGGCGACGCAUGUCCAAAACUUUCAGCACAAGCAGCAGCUGGUGGACUUGGGUCUGGAUCUGCAGCAGGUCGUCUUCAUCUGGGGCAGCGAUCUGCAGGAUGUACAGGAACUGGAACAGUUUCGUGCCAGCGACGUGACUGGCCUCAUCUACGAUCGCAUCGACCGUGUGGGUCCCGCCCAAUGGAAGCGUGCGCCCUUCUUCCAGGCCCCGCAGCUGCUUGAGGUGUUCGGCGGACAAUGCGUGGCCAUUGGCAACUCGACGACGGUGCCGGGCGCGAAGCCAACGAAGCCCACGAUCUGGCCCAAAAUGCGAAAAUAAUACGGGGACUGUUUAUUGGAAAACUUGGAAAACAACUAUCUCCGACACUCCGAAGUCUAUAUACCCUUCAGAUAUCUUGCUCAAAAAACUAUUUUUGUAUACAAGCUAUAUUUCCGCACGAUUGCUUUGUUAGGAGUGCUGUAAUAUACCUGGCCGAUUUGAUAUGGUAUGCAUAUGAUAUGUCGAGAGCAAUUCAAAAUAUUAAAGGACAAACGCGUGUUAAAUACAUGAACUUUUGGAUCUAUUAUAUAUAUAUGGCAGCUAUAUAAGAGGAAGAGCUGCCUUUGCGUAGCCUAACUCUUGACCAUAUCAUUGAUAAAAAACACAAAAUAAAAAUUAAUAAAAUACGCUCGCAUUAGAAGCAUGAACGAGGAUAAGGAUAAAUUCUGCGAUUUGUAAGUGGUGAAACAAAAUAUGUUUGAGGAGCGUUUUGUAGCUGUAAAUUGAUCUCAAUAUGGUAUAAAAUGGUUGAGUAAAACUUAAGUAAAUGUUAUUAAA